CGCGGGCGCAGGUUUAAGUGAACGCGCGUACGCAAGCGCGCAUUGUCGCCACGGACGUCGGCUGCACGAGUCGCCAGAGGACUAGUGGAAGCUCACACCAAGUACUUGAAAGAACACCUCGGAUAUUGUUUCUCCAGCCUUUAAGCUAUUGAAACAACAGUACCUCCUGGGCGUGUUCUGCUCUGUUACUGGAGUGUGUUUCUGAUCAUCUGAAUCUCAACCAUGUUUUCAAACUGCUUGCAGAAUAUCAUAAAAAUUACAAACGCCCACCUUCUGCAUUCAGGAUUAUGCCACCGAUUAAUAAGAAAUAAAAGGUGUUUCGGAACUGUGCCAACAUCCAGAUUGCACAGGCGGGUUGUCGUUACAGGCAUUGGCUUAGUGACUCCUCUUGGUGUUGGAACUCAGCUGGUAUGGGACCGUCUGAUCCGAGGAGAGAGUGGAAUUAUUUCAUUGGUUGGUGAAGAAUAUAAGAAUAUCCCUUGCCGUGUUGCUGCUUUUGUGCCAAGAGGUUGUGAUGAAGGUCAGUUCAAUGAACAAAACUUUGCGUCCACAUCAGAUCUCAAGUCCAUGUCUUCCCCCACCAUUAUGGCCAUUGGGGCUGCAGAGUUAGCCAUGAAAGACUCUGGCUGGCAUCCUCAGUCAGAAGCUGAUCAAGUGGCUACUGGUGUUGCAAUUGGCAUGGGAAUGGUUCCUCUUGAAGUUGUUUCUGAAACUGCUUUGAUGUUUCAGACAAAAGGUUACAAUAAAGUCAGCCCAUUCUUUGUCCCGAAGAUUCUGGUCAACAUGGCAGCAGGCCAGGUCAGCAUUCGAUAUAAACUCAGGGGCCCCAAUCAUACAGUCUCUACAGCCUGUACCACAGGAGCUCAUGCUGUGGGAGACUCCUUUAGAUUUAUAGCCCAUGGUGAUGCUGAUGUGAUGGUGGCUGGAGGUACAGAUUCUUGCAUUAGCCCUUUAUCUCUUGCUGGGUUUGCCAGAGCCCGUGCUCUGAGCACAAACCCUGAUCCUAAGUUGGCAUGUCGACCAUUUCAUCCAAAGAGAGAUGGUUUUGUAAUGGGAGAAGGUGCAGCUGUGCUGGUGCUGGAAGAACAUGAACAUGCUGUUCAAAGAGGGGCCCGGAUCUAUGCAGAAAUUUUGGGCUAUGGACUCUCAGGUGAUGCUGGUCACAUUACCGCCCCUGACUCUGAAGGAGACGGUGCCUUAAGAUGUAUGGUUGCUGCUGUAAAGGAUGCAAAUGUACAGCCCGAAGAGAUAUCCUAUGUCAAUGCACAUGCUACUUCCACGCCACUAGGAGAUGCUGCUGAAAACAAAGCUAUCAAACGUCUUUUCAAAGACCAUGCACAUGCCCUUGCCAUUUCCGCAACUAAGGGAGCCACGGGACAUCUGCUGGGAGCUGCAGGGGCGGUGGAGGCAGCGUUUACUGCUCUGGCUUGUUAUUAUCGACAACUACCACCUACUUUAAACCUGGAUUAUACAGAACCAGAAUUUGAUCUCAAUUAUGUUCCACUGAAGGCACAGGAAUGGAAAACUGAGAAAAGACGUAUCGGACUCACCAAUUCCUUUGGUUUUGGUGGUACUAAUGCAACACUUUGCAUUGCUGGCAUGUAGGACAGGCAAAUCAUUUGUGAUUAAACAUUGGUUUUUUAAUGUUAUAAACAAACUUUAUGAAGUGGAGAAAUACUAUGUUUCUAUAAAUGCAUAUACUUUUA